AUGAGUCCCCAGAACUCAAAGAAAGCCAUAGAUGGUGGCUGGGGUUGGGUCAUUGUUGUGGCAUCUUCCCUGGCAAUGUUCCUGGCCUAUGGCUCCCCUCAAUCUGUUGGAGUGCUGUACCCUGAGUGGCUGAGUGUUUUCCAGGAGAGCAAAGCAAUGACUGCUUGGGUUGGGUCACUUGUGUGUGGAAUCGGACUCAUAGCCAGUCCUCUAUGCAGCGCUUGUGUGGUGAACUUUGGAGCCAGACCUGUCACCAUCUUCAGUGGUGUCAUGGUGUCAGGUGGACUAAUACUCAGCGCUUUUGCACCAAAUGUCCAGUUUCUUAUCUUCUCCUAUGGCAUAGUGGUUGGAUUAGGCUGUGGACUGUUAUACGCUGCUACCAUAACCAUCACUUGCCAAUACUUUGACAAGAAACGUGGUCUUGCUCUUGGGAUAGUUACAACAGGUACCAGCGUUGGAGGAUUCCUGUAUGCUACUGUUCAGAAUGAGCUCAUUGAGCUCUACGGAGUUGACGGAUGUUUACUGAUAAUUGGCUGUUUUGCACUAAACAUCAUUGCCUGUGCUGGACUGAUGAGACCUUUGCACUUACCUGCUUACUACCUCAAACAGAGAGCCGCGCUAGUCGAGAAGGCUGAGGAGAAGCUUCUUGAAAAACAAAUCUUGACAGAAGAUCCUGUGAAGAAGCAUAUUCCUGUUGCUGAAGUACUUGUCUCGGUAGAGGCCAGAGAGCCACUUGCUUAUGAGAGAUGCCUCUUGAACUGCUCUGCUUUAGUCAAGAUCAUCAAGAGGAAACAGAAGGCUUACUCUGAGUAUGUCUUAUCGCCAGUUAGGCUUCUACAUGACCGUGUGUUCACAGCCAUGUGUAUUACUCUGUUCCUGUAUAGUCUUGGCUCGAUCCCUCCUCUUCUUUUCUUGGAAGAUUUGGCCCAAAGCGAGGGUCUUAUUGAGGGCAUCAGUGUACUUCCAUUGGUGUCCAUUGUGGCCAUUGCAGGAGUACUGGGUAAACUGCUGUUGGGUAUGAUGAUUGAUAUUCGCUGGAUGAACAGUGUUCUUCUCUACGCCUUCACUGCAGUAGCAAGUGGAGUGGCUCUGAUCCUGAUCCCAGUGACUAAAAACUAUGCUGGACUCCAGGUUAUAUCUGCAGUACUGGGCUUUUUCUCAGGAAACUGGUCCAUCACGCCAUACAUGACCACCAUGGUUAUGGGAAUCGAUCGUCUUACGGAGGCGCACGGCAUUCUCAUGUUAUUUGGAGGGAUGGGCAUAAUGCUUGGACCUCCAGUUGUAGGCUGGUUCUAUGACUGGAUGCAGUCCUAUGAUGUGGCUUUCUACUUCAGUGGAAGCUGUGUGCUGCUAGGGGGAGUGUUUCUCUUCUUGUCUGCCCUGCCUUGCUGGAACAAGACCAGGACACAGACUGCCAAACCUGAUGUGGAUGACUGUGAAAAAGUUGCUGCAGUAGCCUAA